AUUAAAACAACUUAUUACAGGCUGAGCAGUGGCAAAUGGUAUUAGGACAACAAGGUCUAAGGUCCUCACACUCGGCAGAUACUCGUCGUCACUCCAAUUCACCUCCUUAUUACCCAGCAAGUGACGGUAACCUAUCGACUUGUUCCUCCACAGGUUCGCUCAAAAGAAGAAGGUCCGUCAGAAAUAAGAACGAGAUAACCUUUGACGCCAAACAAGAUCAGUGGAUAAAGAAUGAGGAAGGCAUAGACUCUGCUCAAAAGAAACUAAAAGGUCUUAAUCUCACUCUUUACCAAAACAAAAAAAAUAUAUACCGUAGUCUAUCCUAUAAGAUAGGUGACCAAAUAGAAGCAAUUAAAUGGACUGACGACGCUAAAGAAUGGUAUUGUGCUAGAGUCGUAGAAAUACUGAAUGAUCAGGAUGAAUCCCUUGUAUUUGUUCAUUAUGAAGGAUGGCCACCCGAUGAAGCCGAUUGGAUUAGUCCAACAUUAAUACGCAACAUUCAUCACGAUAAACCUCUGCAGUAUGGUCCUACAGGUGCUGAGUCCGAGUCUUCUUGGACCGACUAUGCUGAAUUUUAUGUUUCCGAGCCUGGCGAACAAGCAAGACAUCAUACAGGCCUAGUACAAGAUAGACGCAUGUCACUUCACUGCUGUCCUUGUCAUUCUCGCGAAACAAUCCAUCCUGAAAGACCAGAUAGAAUAAGUUCUAUUCUGCAGGCAUUUCAUAACAAUCGGUUGCUAAGAUACUUUGGUAGGAUCCAUGCUCGUGAAAUCACCACCAACGAAUUAUUACGAGUUCACACAUAUUCUCAUGUUCGCAACUAUUAUCCAAUUGAUGAGGACGUACGGAUUGUUAAGGAAGAGAAACCCUUGAAAGUGACUUCAAUCGCAGCUCUCUUAAACCCUGCACCUGCAUCGAAUACCAGACAGAAAACAGUGAUGCGUGGUGUGGGCGGAGGUGUGGUAGUUCAGGCAGAUCAGGAUCUUAUAAAGAGACAGCAUCGUCGAUUUUCUUCUGCUGCCGCUGCGGUGGAUGCCUCUCAGACUAACCCUGACCCUGUGGCUCCUCCUGGUCUGGUAUGUAAGAUGAGUUGUGGGGAGUUGGGCAUUGCCGUGGAUACUACCUUUCAUCCACUUCAUAGUAGCUUAUCCGCACGAGUCGCCGCAGGCGCCUUGAUUAAUUUAGUGGAUCCUAUCAUUCACGGUCAAAUGAGAAAUGGCUUUGCUUUGGUAAGACCACCAGGACAUCAUGCUGAAAGUGAUGCUGCUAUGGGUUUUUGUUUUUACAAUAAUGUGGCUGUUGCUGUUGCCGACACGUUAGAGAAAUACCCGACCAAGAUUAAAAAGAUUCUUAUUAUUGAUUGGGAUAUACAUCAUGGUAACGGAACACAAAAAAUCUUUUACGAUAAUCCAAAUGUUCUUUACAUUUCGAUACAUCGAUGGGAAAAUGGUCAAUUUUAUCCAUUUAGUGGUGCGCCCAAUGAAUGCGGAGAAGCUGGCGGUUUAGGGCGGAAUGUUAAUAUCGCAUUGAGUGCUUCUGAGGAAAAACCAAAACCCAUGGGUGAUACCGAAUUUGUUGCGGCUUUUCAUCAUCUUGUUAUACCAAUAGCCAAGCAAUUCGAUCCUGAUAUGAUAUUCGUUUCUGCUGGGUUUGAUGCUGCUGAGGGACAUCCGGAAAAUCUUGGUGGAUAUAAUGUCAGUCCUCGCGGAUACGCUUUACUAACCAAGAUGGUAAAAGAUCUUGCUGAUCAAGUAUGUGACGGACGAUUAGUGCUGACAUUAGAGGGCGGAUAUGAAUUACAACCUUUAGCCGCAACCUGUGCAGCGAGUGCAGCCCAAUUAUUUUUACCCAACACAGUACCAGAUCAACAGAUCAGUAGUUACAAACACACAUUAAAUGCCAUCAAACCCAAUAUUGGUGCGGUGGAAAGCUUUCGAAAAAUUGUACAAACCCAAAAAUCUUUCUGGAAAUUUCCAGAGGCAAUGCAUGCCACCACCUUUCGAUUUACUUUGCCCACCGAUUGGCGCGCUACAGAUAGUAUUUCAACUAGACCACGUAGAGAUAAAAAACCCGUCAAGAUUCCCAUUGUUGAAGGAUAUUAAAAUUUACAACAUCACCUAUAUACAGAACCUGCUUUACAUAUAAAAAAAAAUCUCCUAUAUUUAUAUAUUAUCCAUGAAAGGAACUCCCAAUAGACGAAACGCUUUAAUAAACACAUCUUUUUUAGUUUGAAUCAUA